CUAUCCGGAAAGAUCAACCAUGGCCAGUGCCGUCGUUUUCUUCUUUGAUCUCACCUCGGAGCGGUAUUGAACAUACGCAUCUUUGACCUCCUGUUGCCAUCAACUUUCUCAUCGAUCCCCGGCGUCUUUUAUCGCAUUUCCAUUCGUUGACCCAAGCCCAUUUACGUUUUGCUUCAGCUCUUCUUUUCAAGCCGCCUGCAAGCUAUCUCUACUUGCAGCUUCAACACGAAAGAUUGGCCCGCCGUCCGAUAUCAACACUCGCUCUGGCCCAGUCAUCCUUGGGCUGAUUCUUCACUUGUCAUCAUGAAUCAAACUAAUGAUGAAAAGAUCGAUCUCUCCAAGUCUCUCCCAGAAACCCCCGCCCCCACAACUCUCGGAAUCGAGGAACUGAAAGGUCUUACUGAAGUUGAUAACCAACGGGGAAAAAUGGCCCGACUAAUUCACUUCCGCAUCUUUACACUCUUCCUCAUAGCACUCCUCGCAUUGGGCGUAUAUUCGCAAUCUAUCGCCAAACGCACUGUUGUGUCAGUUCCCACACAAGAAUCAACAGAGACGGAAAACUUCCGAGAACUUCUCAAUUCCCUCGACCCAUCAACCCUUCACGAAAUUCUACAUGAACACCUGAAGGAGAAAUAUCAACAUGGGGUAUAUCAAGAAGACAAGAAGGCUAUGGAGGUUGUGCACCAGCAGAAUGCUGAAGUUGCUAUCACUUUGAUUGAGUUGGCAAAGAGACAAGCACCUGGAAAUGGUACAACCGUCACUCUUCCAGCAGGUCCCCCUACCACAAUAUCAACAACAGUUUCCAUAACAAGCACCCCUCCUACAUCCAGUGUGGUUGUUAUCUCGACUUCGUCAGUUGCUGUACCGACAUCUGCCCCCCCUUCUAGCUCAGCUGUACAGCCAAGUCAGCCAAGUCAGACUCAAGCCCCGCCAACUUCAGUUCAACAACCAACUUCAGCCACAAGGCCCUCUUUGACUGAAGUCCCAUCACAACCUGGUUCAUCAACUCAAGGUAUGUUGGACAGAUUUCAUCUCUAUUACUUCCUUCUGCCUCCCCUCUACCCAAAAUGAAAGUUCAUUUUGAGGCUUCUCAACAUAAACCAAUUGAAAACUCCAACCAUCCCCCCUCGUCAACAAUACUUCAUCCCAUGUCGAACGUCCAGCUGGUUUCAUUGCAACGAUGAAUAAUUCCCACUCAUCUCUCAUCAAUUUCGAACUGUAUCCACUAUCCCAGUCUCAAAUCUCUAGCUCUCGAGAUUUCCGUAUCGUCGUCACAAGUGUUUCACAGACCAGGAUUUAUAUCUUCCUCUGCAGCUAUGGGUACCUCCUCUGAGAGACAUAGUCAAUCGUCCAUUACGAACGUUGGCACCACUUCCACUUCCACUUCCCAGGCCACCUCGUCUGCCUUGAGUUCGCUCGCUGCGUUCACCUCAACCUCACUCUCCAUAUCUAACACCUCAACAGCACCCUCAUCCCGACAAACCACCUCCGACUCCCGUGAACCAACAUCUACAUCAGCCCCCUCCCCAACCACAACAACCGAGCCGCAAAGCUCUAUCACCCAGCAGGUCGUCUUCGAAACCACACUCGCAAAUGGAUCUCAGAGUUUCGUGACAUCCGUGACGGUCGUUCCAGCCCAACAACCCGCACAAACUGGAGCAGCGUCCAAAACCGAGUCUGGAUCUGCAAGUUUACAGACCAAUGCAGCCCAGAAGAAUGGAUACGAGAUGAGAGCUGCCCUCCUCGGGGCUGUGGGUAUGGCGGUUGCUGCUGUGAUUUAAAUGGGGAGACGAGACGAGACGAUAGAUGACCUGAUUUGAUUUGAUUUUUGACUCUUUUCGACAAAACAUAGCAUGGCGAUGGAAUUCUUUUGGCGUUUGGGAUUUAGCAUAUACACUAACUAAUGUCUCUCCUUAAUAAAAUGGCUACCGCGCAAGUCAUUUGGCAAAGGUUCUUUGUUGGAAUUGAGGAUGAUGCCGAGAUGCAUGGGUUUGGUGGUGGGAAAAGGAACUCAAAAUG